UAUGCAAUCAUAGAAGACAGUACUGUUCAAAAUAAAAAAUUGUCAUCAUUUAAUUUAUUCAGAGGGUAAAAGAAAAAUAAGGCUUAUUAUUUCCCUUGUUGGUUCUCAUACCCAGCACCACUACCUUCCCCAAUAAGAAUUCAGUUCAUAUAUCCAAAGUCUUAGUACAGUUUUCAGCUUUAGUGACUUACAUCUGGGGCAGGUAGGGGGCACAGUGGAUAAAGCUGGGCUUGAAGUCAGGAAUACUCAUCUUCCUGAGUUCAAAUCUGGUCUCGGACACAUACAAACUAUGUGACCCUGGGCAAGUCACCAUACCCUAUUUGCUUCAGUUCCUCAUCUAUAAAAUGUUCUAGAGAAGGAAAUGGCAAACUACUCUGCUAUCUUUGCCAGGAAGAUCCCAAAAAAGAGUUAAGACAUCUCUGAAAUUAGCUUAAAAACACUGUACUGUGCCAUUCUAUAGUUGUUACAUAUCUUUUAGGCUUUUUUUUCUCAGUGAGAUUAUCAGUUCUUUUACAUUAGAGACACCUUCUACUAUAGUCUUUGUAGCUCCUCUUAAGUACUAGGCAUAUAAAGAUCAUUCAAAUGCAAAGAUAAUGAACCUCCAUUCUGUUUGAAUAAUUAUAAAUGAUCCAUGAUUGGAACUUUUUUAAUGAGGCUUCACCGUAUAUAAGUUCUUAUGUUCCUCCCUUUUAACACAAAUCAAAAUUAGCAGCUUUUUUACUAAUAUAGAACUGACCUCUUCCUUGGCUUUCAGACUUCUGGUGAUCACCAAGCUAUAGUGGAAAGCUUUACCAUAGUUUUCUCUCCUUCCCUCAUCACUUGUUGUUGAGGCAUUUUUCAUUGGUAUCCAUCUCUUUGUGACCUCAUUUGAGGUUUUCUUGGCAAAGUUAACAAAGUGGUUUGCCAUUUCCUUUUCCAGCUCAUUUUGCAGAUGAGAAAACUGAGGUCUACAGUUUUAGGGUGGCUUGCCCUGGGGGGGUCACAAAGCUAAUAAUGUCUAAAGCCAGAUUUUAAUUCAGGAAGAUGAGUCUUCCUGACUCCAGGCCUGGUACUCUGUCUACUGCACCAUCUAGCUGCCCCAAAUCCUUUGUCAUACUUUGGAGUUAAAUUGGGUAUGUGCACCAGAAGAAACAACAUUUCACCUCCUACACUUGUCUUUAAUGAGAGAAUAUAUUGACUAUGAGUUUUCUGCAUUAAAGGACAAGAUUUCCUUUAAAUAUGACAUUGAAAGGAUAAUAGACGAUUGGAUUUUAAUGGGAUUUCUUGUUGGCAAUGAUUUUAUUCCUCAUCUACCUCAUUUGCAUAUCAAUCAUGAUGCACUGCCUCUUCUUUAUAGAACAUAUAUGACUGUCUUGCCAGAACUUGGUGGUUAUAUUAAUGAAAAUGGCCAUCUCAACUUACCUCGGUUUGAGAAAUAUCUCAUAAAACUGUCUGAUUUUGAUCGUGAACACUUCAGUGAAGUUUUUGUUGACUUGAAAUGGUUUGAAAGCAAAGUCGGCAAUAAAUACCUCAAUGAAGCAGCAGGUAUCGCAGCAGAGGAAGCAAAGAACUACAAACAAAAGAAACUAAAGGGCCAGGAAAAUUCUAUGUGUUUGGCUGCUUUAGACAAAACUAAAGAAGAAGUCAUGACUUCAAAGAGUGUCAUAGAAGAUGAACCUGAAGAUGAUGAUCUCUUUGAAACAGAAUUUAGACAAUACAAAAGAACUUAUUACAUGACAAAAAUGGGGGUAGAAAUCGUUUCAGAUGACUUUCUUGCUGACCAAGCUGAAUGUUACGUGCAGGCAAUACAGUGGAUUCUGCACUACUACUACCAUGGAGUUCAGUCCUGGAGUUGGUAUUACCCUUACCAUUAUGCACCUUAUCUGUCAGAUAUUCGCAACAUUAGUGAACUCAAAAUUCAGUUUGAAUUAGGAAAACCUUUCAUGCCAUUUGAACAACUUCUUGCUGUACUGCCAGCAGCCAGCAAGGAUUUGCUUCCAGGGUGCUACCAGCAUUUAAUGACCAGUGAAGAAUCUCCAAUUAUAGAAUACUAUCCUCCAGAUUUUAAAACUGAUCUAAAUGGGAAACAGCAAGAAUGGGAAGCUGUUGUUUUAAUCCCAUUCAUUGAUGAAACUAGAUUACUGCAGGCCAUGGAGUCAUGCCACAAGUAUCUGAGAGAAGAGGAGGAGAAGAGGAACAGACACAGCGAGUGCCUCAUGUACUGGUUUGAUGGGGAUUCUGGGUUUAAGUACCUCUCUCCCUGGCCCGAGAGGUUCCCACCCAUUGAAAAGUGCCAUGCCAGGCAUAAAAUAAUAUCUUUAGAUGCAUGGCAUGUAGAUAUUAACCAGAAUAAAAUAACUAAAGUUGACCAGAAGGCACUCUAUUUCUGUGGGUUUCCUACUCUAAAGCACAUCAAACACAAGUUUUUUCUGAAGAAAAGUGGGGUACAAGUAUUCCAACAAAGCAGCCGUGGAGAGAAUAUGAUGUUAGAAAUCCUAGUUGAUGAUGACUCAGAUGAACUUCAAAUAGAAAAUGUUGCCUCAUCAGUGCUCGGAAAAUCUGUCUUUGUUAACUGGCCUCACCUUGAAGAAGCUAGGAUUGUGGCAGUAUCAGAUGGAGAAACUAAGUUUUACUUGGAAGAAACUCAAGGAACACAAAAGCUUUACUUAGGGAAAACUGCCCCACCAACUAAAGUGGUUCAUGUUGGAGAUAAAGAACAAUCUAACUGGGUGAAAGAAGUACAAACAAUUUCAGAACACUACCAGAGAAGAAAAGGAAUAAUAAUAAAUGAAACUUCUGUUGUUGUGUAUGCUCAGUUACUUACCGGUCAUAAAUAUCAAUUAAAUCAAAAUGGUGAGGUUCAUCUGGAGAAACAGUGGUCAAAACAAGUUCUUCCUUUUGUUUAUCAAACUAUUGUCAAGGAUAUCAGUGCUUUUGAGACACAUUUCUCUAAUAUCAAAACAUUGGAUGACCUAUUUCCACCUAGAAGUACAGUCUUUAUGCUGGGGACUCCUUACUAUGGCUGCACAGGAGAAGUUCAAGAUUCAGGAGAUGUAAUUACAGAAGGUAGAAUUCGUGUGGUUUUUAACAUUCCAUGUGAACCUCAUCUUGAUGCCUUAAUACAGAACCAGCAUAAAUAUUCUAUAAAAUACAAUCCCGGAUAUGUUUUGGCCAGUCGUCUUGGAGUGAGUGGAUACCUUGUUUCAAGGUUUACAGGAAGUAUUUUUAUUGGAAGAGGAUCUAGGAGAAAUCCCCAUGGAGACCACAAGGCCAACGUGGGAUUGAACCUGAAGUUCAAUAAGAAGAAUGAAGAAGUUCCUGGCUACACCAAAAAAGUUAGCAAUGAAUGGAUGUAUUCUUGUGCUGUGGAGCAGCUUUUGGCAGAGUACCUCGAGAGGGUACCAGAACUCUUUAGUUACGUAGCUAAAAACAGCCAAGAAGAUGUAUUCUAUGAAGAUGACAUUUGGCCUGGUGAAAAUGAGAAUGGUGCUGAGAAAGUUCAAGAAAUUGUUACGUGGCUAAAGGCGCAUCCUGUCAGUGCUUUGUCUCGCUCAUCUUGUGAUUUACAAAUUCUGGAUGCAGCUAUUGUUGAGAAAAUUGAAGAAGAAGUAGAAAAGUGCAAGCAAAGGAAGAGUAAUAAGAAGGUACGAGUGACAGUGAAACCCCAUUUACUGUACAGACCUUUAGAGCAACAGCAGGGUAUUAUUCCUGAUCGGGAUGCAGAGUUCCGUCUUUUUGACCGUGUUGUAAAUGUGAGAGAGAACUUUUCAGUUCCUGUGGGUCUCCGAGGCACUAUCAUAGGAAUUAAAGGAGCUAGUAGAGAAGCAGAUGUGCUAUUUGAAGUAUUAUUUGAUGAAGAAUUUCAUGGAGGUUUAAGGAUAAGGUGCUCCCCUGCAAGAGGUUACCGACUGCCAACAAGUGCCUUAAUUAACCUUUCUCAUGGUAAUCGCUCAGAGACUGGAAAUCAGAAAUUGACAGCCAUAGUGAAACCACAACCUGCUGUGAAUCCAAGCCCUUUAAGUUCCUCUGUUCCAUCUGUUGCAGUUUCUCAGAAAGUCCAUUCAGGCCUCAACCAUUCUCGAUCACUUUUGACUCCUCAAGUACCUACUAAAGAUGAUGAUGAAUUUUGUAGUAUUUGGCAGUCAUUACAGGGAUCAGGAAAACCUCAACAUCUUCAGCAGAAUUCACAGGAGAAGGGUUUGGUUCUACCUCAAGAAAUAAACAGAGGUACUACUACUAUUCAGUAUCAUAAACCUGGCUUCAAUGACAGCAGCAUUAAGGGUCAGCAAAGAAAAUGUGAUCAUUAUAGGAAAUUCAAAGAAGAUUGUAAAAUUUCUAAGAAUGAAUGUCAGUCACAAAAGAUAGCAAACAAACAGACUUUUGGAGGAACCCCCAAAUGCCAUGUUAAGCUUUUGAAGAGAAAUGAAAGUCCUGUUGCCUCUGAAAUCCAAAAGGUUGUAACUGAUGAUCCAAAUACGAUUGGAAAGACUAACCCUGGAAUUGAGAACUUCCUAGCAUCUUUGAAAAUCGCCAAAGAGAAUGAAGUACAACCAUCCUUCAGUGAGGAACCACCAACAAGUGAAGAACAUUUGUCACCACAGUCAUUUGCUAUGAAGGGAACACAGAUGCUUAAAGAAAUUCUGAAAAUUGAUGCCACAGACCCUGCAGACCACAAAAAUGAAGUAAAACAAUUAGUUAAUGAAGUUAAUACGUCUUCUAGUAGAAAAGAGGUAUUUGGAGCUUCUUCACAGCCUAAGCAAACCAAGAAGUUAGCUACUUAUAUAAACAAGCCUCAUAAUCCAGGGGACUGUCAUAAUGCUCAAGCUAUAGACAAUUUAGGUCGGCCUGUCCUCAGUCAACAGCCUCCUUUAUCCACACCAGUAUCAGAACUUUCUCGGCUUUGCUCUCUUGUUGGAAUGCCACAACCAGAUUUCAUCUUUCUCAGAACGCCACAGACAAUGACAGUUUGCCAGGUCAAAUUAUCUAAUGGCUUACUCAUACAUGGACCACAAUGCCCAUCGGAAAAUGAAGCCAAGGAGAAAGCCGCUUUUUUUGCUUUACAACAUCUGAGCACUGUAGGAAUGAAUUUUCCUUUGCCUCCACCAAUGUUUCCAAAUUAUCCACCUGCUGUACCUACAGGAACCAUUCCUCCAGUAUUUGCCCAACCUACUGGCUGGGAUCACUAUGGAAGCAGCUUAGCCUAUGGGGCAGCUAAUAUAAUGCCUCCAUCUUCUCACAUCUUUGGCUCAGUGCCAUGGGGAUCUCCAAUGCCAAUUCCAGGGAAACCUUAUCACCACCAUGCUCCAUACCCCACCAACAUGCCUCUCCCAGGACCAAUGCCAGUUGCGCCUCACAAUCAGUUCAUACCUCUUCAGGUUACAAAGAAAAGAGCUGCAAACAAAAGAAGUGUGGAAUGUAAGGGAGCCCAGGGUUAUUCUUCUCAGGCCACCCCUCUUCAAUCAGAGUCUCCAGGUGUUUCAGAAGGUGCCCAGUUAACUUCACAGGAAAGUUCAUCUAAUUUAAAGUCACCUCAAGUUCCUCCCACUACAGUUUCUUUUCACGACAAAGUAGCCUCUUCAGGCUCUGGUACUUCUCGUGGUAAAUCAACACCAGGUCUUUCGAGACGAAAACCAAGGAAACUGGCAGUCAACUUUGGUGUUUCUAAACCAUCAGAAUAAAUAUGGUAUUUAGGAUUAAAUUAAUGUUUCCUUUACAACCUCCCCAAACUUUUUAUAAGGAUCUAUAUAUCCUAUUAAAAAAAAGAACGCACUAUUUUAAAAAAAAUAAUGUUUGUAGUAUUGAAAAACUGAAGAUCUUUUAGUUGUUAGGCUUUUUUUCAGACUGUUAAAAGAAUAUUUACAAAAGGUUUGUGUUGUGAAAGACACUGAAGAAGCAAACUUAAAAAAAAGAACACUCCAUCCAUCAUCCAUUGUGCCUAGAUACUAGGAGCAUCUUAGCACCAUGACUUGGAGAUUAUAUGAGCAAUAAUAAUAAUAAUAGCAUUUUCUGACCUUUCUUUGAGGCAGAAAAUAGUAGUGGAGUCAAAAAGGGGCCUCAAACAUAAUUUACUAUAUGGGAGUUUUAUUUUUGUAAUAGUUUAAUAAAAUAGAUGGGGAAGAGAAGAGUGGCUCUUAUUUGUAUCUUAAUUUGUGUUCUUUUGGCUCUGUGGGUCCUUUGGGACUACAAGAUAAUAAACCUAAUGGGGCUGCUGCUGCUGGGCGUGCUUCCUGUCCAAAUUUUAUACCAAAGCUGCUUUCAAAUACCAACUAGAAUUUUGAUCUCUCUAAAUGUCUAGAAUUUUAAUAGCAAAAUUAGGUUUGAGUGAGUAAUUAAAAAGCAUUUGGGUUGUUCAUGAACCAGCACUGUUAAUUAAUAAUAAAGUUUAAUUUAAAUAUCCACAGGGUACAGUUACUACAAAUGAAUAGACUGUUGGACUAUAAUGCAAAUCAUUAAUCAUGUCAAUAUAAUUCUGCUGUAUGAUUUUCCAGCUGCUGCUUUACCACCAUAUGACUGCCUCUCAUUCAAACACAAUGCUGCCUAGGAGACUAGAGAAAUCUUAAAUAUUUGAAUUUCAGGGUGUGUGCUAACAUAGGAGCAAACAUCAAUCACUUUUUUAUACAUUAUCUCUGUGGCAGACAUUUAUUUCAUGUCAGUUCCCUAUUUUUAAGCCCAUUUCUUGGAACUGCUAAGUGACUGGCAUUGUGUUUUCUUUGCAUGUUAUUUAUAUUUAUAUUCAUGUAUGAGAGUGUGUAUAUAUUCAGUGUCUUGAAAUUAUUUUUAAAUUUGUUAAAAAUUCAGUGUCAUUUGAGACAAAAUUUGUAUAUUUAAAGAUCUAGUCUUUAUUUGGGUUGGUUUUUUUUAAAGGAAUAGGCAUUGUCAUAUGCUUUAUUUUGGGGAGAAAAAAGAUAAAAGAAAGAAAAGGGGCCACAUGUUGAAUGUGGUGUUGAUUUUUAUUCUUGUGUCCAACUUCAUUGGUCGUCUAUUCUUCUCUGGGUCUUAAGGAAGUUUUUAUUCUCAAAAUUCAGUUAAUGUUUUCUUCUCUCAUUGCUGAUUCCAGUGUUCCUCUAGAAGACAAUAUAGAGUGAUAUUGAUAGAGCAGUAGUGCCUUUAGCACAAAGUGACGGUCAUAAUUGGCAUUAGUUUUUUGAGCUCUUUGCCAGCUUCUAUAUUCAUUUUCUAGGUUUCUCGGGUACCAGUUUUGUAAUUUUUACUAUUCAGAAGGUCUUUUUAUAUUGGGGAGACAGUGUAAUGGGUCAAAUAAUUGAGGAUAUUAUUUCUGUGCUUUUACAAAUUCCCUACAGCCAUGCUAUUGCUCAAUAUCCAAAAGUCAUUCUUGGCUCUCAGAUGAGAGCACUUUAUUAGAAAUAAGAAACAUUGGCUGCUAUUUUGGAAUCCAAGAGGUGGGAAAGUCUAAUAGAAACGGUGAUAUUAAUACAAACAUCUUACAUUUAUGGUACAUUAAAAUCAUCUCCAGCAGCUAUGUAAACUAAUGUACAGAAAUAAUUUAAACCCAGUUCUUAAAAUAGCAAAAUUGCCCUAGCAUUAUGUCAAGUAAAUGAUUGAAAUGAUUCAUAGAAAUGAUUGCCUUCAAGUGAUUAGUUAGCUAUCAUGAAUUUCCUAUAGUGUUCUCAUUUUUUUUUUUAAGAUCUUUUCCAAGGACUGAUCUGACAAAAACUGCAGAGAUGAAAUGGAAAGAAUACCCAAGGCAAAUGGGUGCCUCUUUAGGAAGCUAGUCUGAGUCUAACUUUGUCUCAGAAGUGAACAUUUAAAGGCCCUGAGAAAGCUUGUCCACCUUCAGUUAAACUGUGGAAUUUUGUGUCCCUUCAUGGCCAUGCCCUGAUGUAGUAUUGACAAUUUCUCCUACGGUUGAGAGCCUAAAUUCUCUAGUUAACCCUUCAUCCAAGGCAAACUGAAACCAGUCACCUGGGAUGGCAACAUAGUCAUAUAGCUGUUUACCCUGCUGUCUCCUGGUGCAAGUCAGAUUCUUACUGGUAAUUAGACUCUGAAAUGUGUUAGAUUUGAGCCCAAAGUGGUUUAUCUCUAGGUCUUUCAGAAAGAAUAUUUAAGUGCCCCUUAACUUCUUUAUUUAAGCACUAGUUAAGUGCAUACAGUUAAUCAGACAAGUAUUUGUUGACCAUAAUUAACUAAUUCAUCUAUCUAUAUUCAAGGAUUCUGCUCGUGUCUUUCCAGAUUACUUUUAGAAUAUUUUUUGUAGGUGAAAUAAUCCAUAUAUGAAUGAAUUGAGGGUUUUAAUUCAUAUGAGAAUGAAACUUGGUUAUACCUCAGAACUUGCCUGUUAUCAAAAGGCCUCUAAGUAGUUAUGAUUGGAAAUGCUUUUUUGUUUUUUGUUGGGGGGGGGGGGGGGGAGGCGUGCUAGUGGAGAUGUAAAUGUAUUUGAUGUGAAAUGGUUUUUAUUUUUGUGCUGAGAGCUUUUGAUUUAGUACCUGAUUAUGACUUUUUUUAAAAGGGAAGAAAGUUGGUAUUAAAUAUCAAAAUAAAAUAAAUCAGAGCUCUGCUUUCUUAACCAGUACCAUUCUAGCCUAUUCAAAAUAACCUUGGCUAUAAAGGUUAUUCAAAAAAUAAUUUCACUAAAAACUCUGGUAGUUCUCAUUUUCUUGAGAUUUCUGAUCCAUUAAAACCUCUCUUUUUUGUGGAGCUCAUGGGGAACCUGAGUGGAUAUAACGAUAUGUUUCACCCAGAGGGAAACCACAGUUCACUUGCCUUGGAAAGUGGCAUAAAUCUUUAAGUGCUGCUAAAAUGUUUUUAUUAGCUUUAUUUAUCAUGCCUCUCCUAAUUAAAGAUGUAGCCUCUGAAUUCCACAUACUAGAUAUGCAUAUCACAGUUAUCAGUCCUCCAUAUUGGCCCCCAAAGCAGUUAAAUAAUAAAUUAACAAAAAGUAUAAUCAGUUUACAUUGUGUAGGGCUACUGAAAUAAAAAUAUUUUGCAGUACUAUUUAAGAAGGGAAAAGGAGGAAAAAAAUAUAUUUUUAGCAGUAAGGAAAACAGGAUUCAAUACUAAAAAUUAGGUCAUAGCAUGUAGCUUUUUAAUCAUUUUUUGUUUCUUAAUCUAAACAUGGCAUAAAAAUUUUGGAGUUAAAAAAAUUUUAAUUGUUUCCAACACUUAGAAUGGGAAUUGAACUAUGUUGAAAAGACUCAGUUUCCCUGAACUUAAUAAAAUGCAUGGCGGUAUCAAAGCAUUCAGUUAUCUGAAGUGCAAUUUAUGAAGGACACUCUUCAGUUUCCAGCACAUAAAUCUUUAUGAUAGUUGCCCAUUCCAAACCAAUGUAUUUCAGAAAUAUUGUACCCUAAGCUGGCAGGUUUUUAGAGUAAUUUUGUAUGCUGUAAAAUGGAGGAGGCAAUUUGGUGUAGCAGAACAAGCACUGGAUUUGGAGUCAGAGGACCUCGAUUCCAAUCCAAGCUCUUCUACUUAGUAUCUGUGGGACCUUGAACAAUAUCUGUGGGACCUUGAACAAUCACUGUCUGGCCCUCAUUUUCUGCUUCACUAAAAUGAGGGGAUUAUUAGACUAGAUCAUUUCUAAAGUCCCUUCUGGUUCUUAAGCCUCUGUUUCAUCCUUUGAAGCCAGAUUCUCUCACCAUAGACUCAUGCAGAAUCAAACAGGUGAGAAUUUGGCCCCUAGUUUGCUGUGGAUUUCAUUGAUCCCUUCUUCAUACCUUACAGUUCAUUUUUCUUUUUAUUCACAGGUUGCAUACAGUUUCUUCUACCUGAUGCCCAAUUGUUUCUUUUAGUUUUUAUAUGUUCUAGUACAGGAGUAAUGGAUCUGUGCCACAUCAUCCAUGACUUCAACUUUUUAUUUUUUUUUUAAACAAUGUAAUUAAGUCAAAUUUUCCAGAUAUAUCUUGAAGCAUUUCUUUAUCCUCAUAGAUAAAAAUAUUUUAUAUGUACUGGAAUUUUUUCAUUAGAACUUAUACAGAGCAGUAUUUUAUUAAAAAUCCCCAAGGGAAAACCUUUUUCUGCUCAUUUUGUAGUUUCCAAUUUUUUUAAUACUCUGUCAUUGUUUAUUGCCAAGUAAAGUGUCUUAACCUUGUAUUUGAAUGGAUCUAGAAUGUAUUUUUGUGUUUAGUGUUAAGUUGUGCAUUUAUAGAUUUCUAGCAUGUAGUUGCCUAAAAGACUGUGCAAAAAGUAUUUUUAGUAUAUGAUACAUUAGAGGAAUAAAAGAACCAGCCAUAAGAUUUAAAUGCUAUAUAUGUAUACAUCUGUAAUUAAACAAUUGAUCAUUCUA